UAUUCCCUCCAAGACAACGAGCUUGAUCCCAAAUCCCAAGAGAUGAUGUCGAACGUCGGCUCCGAGUGCCUGCCGGGCUGCGAGGUGGCCUGUUCCCAGCCCUGUGCCUACAGCAGGAGCCUGGAGCCCUGCGUUGCCUCCUGUGGAGAUUCCAAAGCCGUGGUGUUCCCUCCUCCCGUGGUCCUCACCUUCCCGGGCCCCACCAUCAGCACCUGCUCCCAGGAGAGCGUGGUGGGAGCCUCCCAACCCAUGGUUCUGGGUGCUCCCAUCCCAAGCAUCUCCGAUGAGCCCUAUGGGGUGGGGAGCUCCUUUGGGGCUGGGGGCACGAUGGGGGCAGGACCCUCCUUUGGAUCCGGGGGCUCCUUUGGCUAUGGGGGCUCCUCGGGGAUGGGGGGUCCCGUUGGAUAUGGGGGUUCCUUUGGUUACGGAAUGCAGAAUUCCCGCGGGUCCUGUGGCUACGGGAAGGGUUCCUAUGGGUCUGGGGGCGCCUGUGGCUACGGAGGCUCCCUGGGAAUGGGGGGCUCCUGGUACGGCCGGAGGUACCGCAGCAGCCGUGGCGGAUCCUGCCUGGGCAGCUGGGGCUCAUCCUAAGGCCAGACAACGCAGAGGAUGAAAACCCGGGAUCCAGAUCCACAGCCAGGCCUGGAAUUCCGAGGCCGAUCCCUGAAAACCAGGCCCACAUCUCCUCCUGCUGCGCUUCAUCUUCAAUCAAACGCCGCUCCGUGGGACGUCGUCUCUCCUGGAACCCUUCAAUUAAUCUCGUUUCUUUCUGGUGGGGUGGAAACGCUUCAGAAUUCCAUGUGGGGCUUUCUGUAAAGGCCCUGGCUUCACCUUGUGGAGUGGCUUUUGUCACCCACAGGGGUGGCCUGGCUGCCCUGGGACCACCCAUGUGUUGCUCUGUUUUGUUCUAUUUCAUUUCCUUCAGCCUAAUAAAAAU